AUGGGCAGGGGAAAAAAGUACAGGGCGAGAGGAGGAGGGAACAGAAAAGCUUAGACAGCUUCUGGUUUUGCUUUCAAACACUCGCUGCAUGCCAUAUCACCUCCCUGUGCACACAAAACCGGCGUGGCACACACACACUCUCAAACACUCAUACACAUUCAGGGAGGAAUCACAUCUACACAUAUACACAUAAACACAAACACCGAGAUUUUGUCCAGCCACCCACUUGGACGACUUCAACUCCAACGGAGAGCACCUGCAGGGAAAUGAGGUAGCAAGGAAUUCUACACACUGACAGCCAAAACAUACAUACGCCUGCUUCGCUGGAAUUUCAGAGCUGCCAGCACUACUGAUUGGACGUGUGUGUUUCUGUAUGCGCGUGUGAGAGGAACUCUAUCUUCCCUGAAUUGGCCUGAUGUCAAACGAAGACUGUCGUUCCCCCAUUGGCCUGGACUGCUGCAACUGCUGCUUGGAUCUGGCCAAUGGAACUGAGCCAGAACCAGGACGGUCUGGACUCCCCAGCUUGGGAAGCCCGACCUCCAUCAAUAACUUCAGACAGCUCCGAGACCAGCUGGUCUUCCAGAACCUGAACACAGAUAAGCUGAACACCAUCAUGAGACAGGACUCGCUGGAGUCGGUGGUGCGUGACCCCUGCUACCUGCUCAACGAGGGCAUCUGCAACAGCAACAUCGACCAGACCAUGCUGUCAAUUCUGCUCUUCUUCCACAGUGCCUCUGGUGCUAGCGUUGUGGCGAUAGACAACAAGAUCGAGCAAGCAAUGGAUCUUGUGAAGAACCACCUGAUGUAUGCAGUCAGGGAGGAAGUAGAGAUCUUGAAAGAGCAGAUCAAGGAGCUGGCUGAAAAGAACAACCAGCUGGAGCGCGAGAACAGCCUGCUGAAGAACUUGGCGAGCCCAGAGCAGCUGGAGAAGUUCCAGUCACGUCUUCCAUCAGAGCCCCUGCUUCCGCUGGAAACGCAGGGGUUGGAGACGUCCAAGCAGCGCAGCCAGUACAAAAGCUCGGCUGUAUAAGUGGCUCUGCAUUGGGGCGGGCAGAGUCACGGCUCCCACCUGAAAUGGACCUCACAUGUUGUCAUUGUUGAUGUGCAGCUUCUACUCGAAGCUGGCUGUACAGACGGGGGGAAAAAAAACCUGACCCAAAUGAAAGCCUCCGACGUUUCCAGUGGCCUUUGCCUCUUCUGUAAUAUCCGACAAUCUCUUCGGACUUCUGCAGAAAAAGAGAGAGUGAUGUAGGUUACAGUAUGACCAGACCACCGGCCGCAUGGAGGGGGAACCCGGCCUAGCUUUUCUCUCGCUGUCCUUGAGGACGAGAGGGGCUUGUCUGACCGUGCUGGUCCCAAAAAAAGCACCAAGGGAAUGUUCCCUUAGAGACUUGCUUUCAGAGUCACAAGAACCCCAAUGUGGAGUUCUCAAUGCUACAAGCUACCUGGGAUUGCACAUAGUCAAGCCUGUUGACUGUGCUUAGACUCAUAAGCUCACAUUAGUGGUCUCACAUGCACACAUCCACAAGAGUUUAUGUAGCUGAGCUAGACCUUUUGGUCCAUGCUAUAACAUUGGUGAUUUUUAGUCACACGCUUCAUAAGAAUCUUCUGUAUUCUUUGCCGAUGGGGCUUGCUGCUUGUAAGGGAUCUUCUGCUUUGGUUUUUCUUUUGAACCUGAACAAAAUCAACUCCUGUAAACUGUUGAUUCUUUUGUGGGCGUAGUGAUGUGUAUAAAUUUGCUUAGUUCUGUAAAUUAUCACAUGAUGAUGAUGUAAAGAGAAAUGAUGGAGUGGAGCAGCAUCUGCUCUUUUUGCAUGUGCACUCCUGAUAUUGCCAACUUGCUCAGUGGCGGGACUUGUUUGUGUAUGCAUGUUGUCUGAACAGGACAACAUACUCUUGAGCUAACAUUUCUAACUACCAAAGUCUCACUUCAUACUCGCGUCACUCAUGACCAUGUAUGUGUGGCGAAGGUAUAAAAUUUUUUUUUUUUUUUUUUUUUUUUUUGGUCUUCGUCUGUUUUUUAAAACAUGAGUGUUGUUGCUUCACUGUGUCCAUUGAACAAUGUUUUCAACCAUGUAUGGAUACAAAAUGCACAUAGCAAUAAACCUUAUGUUUACACUAAAUCA